GCACUGAGAUGCAGUUGCAAUGAUCAAGCACCACUAAGUGAUUGUCGGUGGGAAGAAUGGACCUGCACAAUCGACACAUCCCACAGUGCAUGCUAUACAAGAAGAUCAAUGCGUGAUGACGGUUCCAUCAGGACAGAUUUAGGCUGUGUGUUUACAACCUGGAAUCCAACCUUCUGCAGUAAAACUACAGAGACUGUAGCUAUUGAAUGCUGUGUCGACAGUGACAUGUGCAAUGAGGAUCUUUCCCCUACUUUCCUCCCACAAACACCAAUCGAAUCACCACAGGCUAACUCCACCAUCUUGAGGCUGUCUCCUUCUCAUACAUCCUUCCUGAGUACAACCACUGAAGGAAGAUUGGACAAUACAGCUGCACCACCCUCCCCUACCUCUCAACCUGAACCACAAGGUUAGAAACUCACAUUAUCUUGCACCAGAUAAACAACAUUAAGUUAAUAACAUACCGUACAUAACUGUUGAAAAAGAAAAUUGUAGGGAAUGUUUAAUUUUCUAUUUUUACAACAUCCAAGUCAAUUGAAGGAGGAUUCAGUACAUCUGCACCAUUCCCCCCUAUCUCUCAACCAGAAAGACAGGGUUCAAAUUUUUUUGCUGAGAAUUCCAGUUUCUUAUAAUCAGAUACAAGUAGAAAGGUAUAUGAUUGGCCACCAAAGCGAGCCUGCCUAGUCACCUGAACAAAGAAUUAACCAUAUUAUGUAUCGGUGCAUUGAACAACAUACCGUA